AUAUAUUCACACUGGCACCUGACAACCUGAGAAGUUGGUGGAGCAAUACGUAGAAAGAGGCACCGUAGGCAACUUUUUGACAAUUAAAUACCAUCCUAGAGUGUUAGAGAGAAACUCUGGACAACCAUUAAUCUCAUUGCAUGGACGAUUUACGAAUUAGCUUGGAGUAAAACGUGAGUGAUUGGAUUUUUGAGUCCACACACUGGAAACAAAGAGCUUCAUCCACGCAACACACAGUCAAGAGGAAGAACUACUCUGCUAAGAUGGCUUUAUCCUUGCCUCCUCGUCCUGCCCUGUUGUUCUUAGUCCUCAUGAGUGUGACUCUCAUGGCAUCGGCAUUUCCCCAGCCUCAGCUUCGACCUCUGCAAAGUAACUUGCCUGCAAUUGGUCAAGAAGACUCCAAAGGUGAGCAGUGGGAGGUGGUGUAUCCAUCCAUCUCGCUCCGUGAUUGGAGCAUUCAGAUGCUGACCGCCCCUGAUUUUGGUGCAGCUAAGACUGGGAGGGAGCAGCUGGUGGCAGAUGAUUGGCUCCCGCUCAGCCAAUCACAGAUGGAGGAGGAGCUGGUGAAGGGCUGGACGGGCGACUGGCCUUCACGGGUGGGUCACCAGCAGAAGAGAAACAUAGUGGUGGCAGAUGACGCUGCGUUUAGAGAGAAGAGUAAGCUGUUGACAGCAAUGGAGAGACAAAAAUGGCUCAACUCCUAUAUGCAGAAGCUCUUAGUAGUUAAUUCAAAGUAAUUGUAAUCUUUAUGUAAUUGUAUAAAUAUAUAUAAAGUAUGUAUAGGGAAAAAUGCAUUUUGUGUGGGAGAAAAACAAGAAUUUACUCAUUACUUCAUGAGUAAACAAUUAAAGGGGUAGGUCAACUGAGAAUUAAAAUUCUGUCAUUGAAUACUAAUUUCAGUUUGUAUGACCUUUCUUGCAUGGAAAAUUGAAAUAUUUAGUUAGUAAUAUGGAUUUUGAAUGACAUGGCACUAAGAUACAUGAAAAGGACUGUAUUUUUUGUUGAUCUAUCCCUUUAAACACUCAUAAUCACAGUAUUUUAAAACUGUAUGCAGAUAAAGGUGCUUUUCUUUUGGCUUUCUUUUAAGAAAAUCUUUGAAUAAGGAAUGCAUGAUGUGUUUGUUGGUCUGAUCAUGAUUGAAUAAACGCCUAAUAAACAAUCUUUAUGACUGUU